UACCUACCUACCUACUUCGAGGUUCAUCAUUGAAUGGGAAAAUAUCUCCCCCUCCCAUCCACAACAAGAAGAAAAGAAGAAGGACAAAAGAAGAAAAAAGGAUUAGAAUUAGCGCGUUGUAUUGCAUUUUCCACAAAGAUCAGAAUAUCAAGUCUUUUCCUUCUUUGAAAUCUCUCACGACGAUACGAAUUCGCAAAUGAUCUCAGUCAUUCCUUUUUCCAAUUCCAAAUUCACCUAAAAAAAAAAAAUUAAAAACCCACCUACCCACCUGCAGUUUUUCGGAAUCAUACAGUCGCAUUACGGAAUCUUCGAUGCUUACGAACAAUACAUUGGAUUCUUCUACCAUCUACGAUUCUAGAGCGGCAAAGGCUGCUCGCUUUCACGACGUCUUCCACAAAGAAAAGAAAGCUUUCUUCGCAGAUCGUACCUGGCAUAGAAACCGAUAGAGGCCCUGAUUUCCCCAUAUCGUCGGUGGAAGGUCGCGAAUCACAAUCCCCCACCGAUCUGCCUUUAUUCGACACUUCUGCCCAGGAAAACCACCGUGCAGAAUCUCUACCUCCUCAUACCAUACCUUCAAAUCGCCUGUCUUCUUCCCUCCUCAUUACCGGCGAUCAUAUUCCUUCUGCUGCGAGUUCGCCAACUGGGGCCUACGCGGACCUAUCUUUAGAUAGCGAUAAAGGCGGGGAAUUCACCAGCAAUAAAAAUCGUCGACGAUUUCCCUCCGAGGCUUUCGAAUCAGAGCAACGAGGAAAAUCUCCACGGCAUAGGGCGAUCAUGGGUGGUGCAGAAGACAUGCCGCAGAGGUCGUCGUCGCCGUUGAAACGACCAGCCUCGGAAUUAGAACCAGAUGUACCGCUGUCGAGCCAAAAGGAAGAUGUCGAUAUGGUUAUGGUGCCAGACACGCAAGAAGACUCAGAGGCUGCUAUUGCAGCUCCGACCGCAAUCAGAGCAGUAUCAAUGGAUAUGCUGAGAGAUGAACCUACCAAAGAAGAUGGUGCUCAAUCGGUGCCUGCCACUGAGGACGCUCCAAGCAUUGAUCCCAAAACAGAAAUCCCACCGAUCGACGUUCAGGUUGCGACUGUGACAAGUUUAAUCAGAGCAGCGAGAGACGGGCCACUCACCGAAGGAGACAAAACGUACCUGGUUUCGAGGAAGUGGCUUGAGAAAGUGACUUCGAACACCUCGGAGGCUCGAGCGAAAAGCAAGAACGUGGUGGAAGAAAAAAUUGGGCCAGUCGAUAAUUCUAACAUCAUUCAGCAAAUCAUCCCUCAACCUGGGCGCGAAGACUUUGUUCAACUGAAGCAUGGAAUCGGAGAAGAUUUGUUCGAAUUGUUUCCAGGUGACGCAUGGAAUAUGGUUCUAGAAUGGCAUGAUAUAAUGACGGGCACGAAACCAAUCGUUCGAUUUGCACACAACACAAACCCUGAUAAAGGACCUAAUGCAAUAGCGAAUGUGGCUUACGAAUAUCAUCCUCCAAUUUUCCAUAUCCAUCGUGUAUGGUCUGAACUUGGCGAUAAAGUGGAUGCAGCCAUCAAGUCUGCAAAUCCGGAUGCGCCUGUAGUUGUUGCGAGUAGAUCUAUGAGGAUGCAUGACUUCUUAAAACUCGUAAAGGAGGUUGCGGGGGUUCCCAUCAAGCAAAAAAUACGUCUUUGGAGAGUGCCAAGAACACUACCCGCCGCUGACCCAACCCUUGCCAGUGUUAAUGGUGCCGCAACCCCUCCUUCAUCCAGACCUGGGACACCAGUAGUCGACACCAAUGGAACGGCUCCUGAAGUACAAGAUUCAUGGAAGAAGCUAUUACUGGGUGUCGCAGAGUUCACCAAGGUGGAGAGAGAUUCGGGUAGAAUGAAGGUUGAUUUUGAGGAUUCGACAGUGAACGAUAACUACAAUGGCAAUCUGAAUCUCGGUCAAUUAGGACUUGGGGAUGAUCAAGCAAUUGUCAUUGAUGAACUUGUCGAGGGCAAAGAUGGCUUUGUUUCCAACACGAGAGUCUCGCCAAAUGGGAAAGCCAACGGUGUUGGGCGUAAAAACAAUUCAAGCAUCAUUGUUAGCAGCCAAAAUAACAGCGGUCGCAAUAGUCCAGCACCAACCUCUGGAUAUAACCUUCGUUCUUUCAACCGAAAGACGAAAAAUGGUCGCACGCCAGGAACCGUCGGUCUCGGUAACCUUGGAAAUACCUGUUACAUGAAUUCUGCUCUACAAUGUGUUCGAAGUGUGGAAGAGCUAACCAAGUAUUUUGUGCACGAUGUGUACAAGGAAGAACUCAACAGCGAUAAUCCUCUGGGUCACGGAGGCUGCGUUGCUAAGGCAUAUGCAGAUCUUCUGAAAGAAAUAUACAAGGAGCCUGCACCAGUCUCGGUUCAACCGCGGAACUUCAAGAAUACUGUUAGUAGAUUUGCCACGCAAUUCUCAGGAUACGGACAACAAGAUUCUCAAGAAUUUAUUGGAUUUUUACUUGAUGGCCUCCAAGAAGAUCUCAGCAGAGUGAGGAAGAAGCCGUAUAUUGAGAAACCUGAUUCGACUGACGAGAUGAUUGGAAACCCGGAUGCGAUCAGAGAAAUGGCCACCAAGGUCUGGGACAUUACGAAGCAACGAGAUGACUCGGUGAUUGCAGACUUGUUCACUGGAAUGUAUAAAUCUACUCUUGUCUGUCCACAUUGUGAUAAGGUCAGUAUCACUUUCGAUCCUUUCAACAACAUGACUUUACAAUUACCGAUCGAAAAUAUCUGGAGCCGGGUCGUCAAUUUCUUUCCACUCAAUGACAAACCAGUUUCCAUAGUGAUUGAGAUGGACAAGCAUGCAAGCGUUGGAACACUCAAGCGUAUUGUCAGCCAAAAGGUCGGAGUUCCAGCAGAGAGAAUUUUCUCUUGUGAGGUAUACGAAGGGAAAUUUUACAAGUGGUACCUUGAUCACGAAGUUGCUUCAGAAGCUAUCGAGGGCGCUAAGGAUAUAGCCAACUUUUACGAGUUGGAGACAAUACCUACAAAUCUUCCAAAAGACUCGGGCAAUAAGCAUACCGGUUUCAACAAAAACAACUCCGGAGACAAUGAAAGUUUGCCCUGGGAUUCUCCAGAAGCUGAGAAAUUGCUCGUUCCAGUGUUUCAUCGUCGUCCCAAGCGUGAAAGAUUUGGCAAAAAGCCGACUUCGGGUUCGUGGGAACUCACAAUUACACCUCAUUUCAUAGUGCUUAAUCCUAGCGAGGCACGAAGCGAAGAAGCCAUCAAGCGAAAGCUUUUAGAAAAGGUGGCCACAUUCACCACAUGGCCCAGUAUCAAUGAAGAAUCUGAUCCUUCAAGCGCGUCUGAGAGUCUUGAUCCAGACAUGGUUGUCACCACUGGCUCUGAUGCAGACUCAUCUGGAGACGGUAAAUUUGUUGCCCAAUCUUUGGAUGGGGAAGAUGAACUGGUCGACGUGGCCAUGAAAGAUUCUAAUCCUGUUCCUGAAUCUACCGAGCAGAGUCCUAAUGCACCUUUGAAAGUCUUUAAUAGUCGUCGGCCGAAGUGGGUGGACCCAGCAGAGUUCCUUUCGCCCGAAUUGCAGAACCUUUUUGAAAUCUCUUACAUCGUUGACUCAAAGGGAGGCAUACCAACAGCUUGGGCUGUGAGCUUAGAAUCCACCAGGUAUUCAAGAAUAUCUGAAAGAAAUCCACAAGCACAUCAAAUUAACGAAGAUGACACUUCAAACGAUUAUGAUGCUGUAGACAGUACAUCUGGAUCUGUCUCUAGUAAAUCCAGUAGGGAGAGUAGCGAUGAUACCAACGGGUUCGCUCCAAGCAUGACGAGGAUGAAUGAAGAAUCCACGAGUGAUGAUGAUGCUCUGAAGCCAAUAUCUCCUCAAAGAGCUCUUCCAGUACGACCGGCUGCGCCAAAGUCGGGCGCUAGGGUAGGUCCCAAGAAUAAACGUCGCUCACGUAACAUGAAAACUUACUCAAAGAAGGGCAAAUCAGUUGCACGAAAGCGAGAGCAAUCCGAGGUUGGGUCCGAACAAGAUCCCUCUGAUGAUGGCCCCUUGAUCCGUCUGGGUGAAGGAGUUGUUGUUGAUUGGAACGAAGAUGCAUGGGAAACAUUGUUUGGUAGUUACAACGAUAGCGACCAUUUCCGUGGAAAACCUACUUAUGAAAAUCCUCCUACUCUUGUCGAUUCACAUCUUGAUUCAAAGCGUCAAGCUCGUGAGUCGAGAAGGAAGCAAGGUAUCACUCUCGAAGAUUGUCUUGAUGAAUUCGGCAAGGAAGAAAUUCUUUCUGAGAUGGAUACUUGGUACUGUCCUAGAUGCAAAGAACAUCGUAGAGCAAGCAAGAAGUUUGAGAUUUGGAGAACGCCAGAUAUUCUUAUCAUGCAUCUGAAACGUUUCAGUGCUAGUGGUUUCCAAAGGAAUAAGCUUGUCGACCAUGUUGAUUUCCCGAUCGAAGGAUUAGACCUUUCAUCACGAGUCAUUGAAUCACAAGAUGGCAAAGAGGAAAUAUACGAUUUGAUAGCUGUUGAUGAUCAUUAUGGUGGUAUGGGUGGAGGGCACUAUACCGCUUUUGCCAAGAACUUCUCUGAUCAAAAGUGGUAUGAAUACAAUGAUUCUUCGGUGUCAGAAACAAAAAAUCUCAACAGCAUGGUCACAAAGAACGCAUAUCUCCUUUUCUACCGAAGACGUUCAUCAGAACCUCUCGGUGGUAAGGCUUUGCGUGAUAUUGUGAACUCUCUUGAUAAUGCUUCUUCGGAUGAGGAAGAUUCGGGGGAAGGCAGACGCCUCGGCGAAAACUCCUCCCAGCAUGGGUCGCCGAGCGCCUUGACAGGAGUCGGAGCAGCUCUCCGUCGGCCAGAACUUGGUUCGGAGGAUGGCGAGGCGAUGACGACAGUAAAUCCACAGGGUCUUGAUCGCCUUCCACUCGAUAACGAUGAUAACCAAGGUGACGAACCAUUUUUCGACCAUGCUAUAUACCUACCUUCAUAUAGCGACGUCCAAGCAAGUACUGAGACUGACGAAGCGAUAGACCUAUCAGAUCAAAAUAAUGUUGCACCAAAUCUUCAUCAACAAACAUGGGGUUUCCAAGCAUUUAACCAUAACUCUCCAACAUUUGCUUCUGGUGCGGCUUCUGAAGCUGGCGAAGCUGGUAGUUUAUAUGGUAGCGAUGGGAUUGAACAUGGCUCCAAUCCAGAUCAGGCUACCAAGGAUGAGCGAGAGCUAGAGUUUAAUACUGCCAUGGUUGAUGAAGACUAUCAAGAGGAGAACUACAUACCUGAUACUGAUGUCGAGGGUCCGAAUCCCCUUGAUGUGAUGGCGAUAUCAAAUGCUGUAAAGCAACGAAAUCGAGCAGAGCAACACAAUUACGAAAUCCCGGUUGAUAGGGCAGAGGAUGAGGAACCUGCUACAGAAAUACAUGUUGAGGAAGGUGAAGGGGUUUAGAAUUGAUUAAGGUUCCUUUGAUUUCUCAUAUCUUGUCGUAUGAGUGUAGUUCAUUGAAAAUAAAGGAGUUUUGGUAUUGAUUGCUACUAGCAUAAGGGGGUGGGGAUGUGGGUGAAAUGAGAAAGUCAACCCGAUACGAACAAAGAAUUGGUGGAUUUGCACAAAUGACGUUGUUAUUAGACAUGAAACUGAAUAUGCUGUUAUGAUAUUUCAUUUUACUCUAGCUCUUAUUAGCAUAUGAUUUGAUGAGGGGGAGUGGGUGGGUGAGGCAAGAGGAGGGGUGAAGAGGG